UAUUAUUUGUAAACAAUGACAACGAACUUCAAUGUCGGUCUCUUGGGCCAUGUAGAUAGCGGUAAAACUACUUUGGCGCGUGCCUUGAGCUCUAUCUCCAGCACAGCGGCGUUUGAUAAGAGCCCGCAGUCCGUGGAGCGAGGCAUUACACUCGACUUGGGGUUCAGUGCUCUCGUAUUGGAUCAACCGGAUGGAUCGCAGCUACAAUUGACGUUCGUCGAUUGUCCAGGACAUGCGUCGCUCAUACGUACCAUCAUUGGAGGUGCCCAAAUCAUUGAUCUGAUGCUGCUUGUGGUGGACGCACAGAAGGGAAUGCAGACGCAGACGGCAGAGUGUUUGGUCAUUGGCGAACUGCUGAAGAAGAAGCUGAUCGUGGUCAUCAACAAGAUCGAUGCACUGCCAGCAGAACAGCGCGCCUCCAAGCUGGAAAAGCUUAAAAAUAGGUUAAGGAAGACUCUCUCGGACACCAGCUACGGCGACCAAGUGGGCAUCUUUGCCGUCUCCGCCUUGGAAGGCACAAAUAUUGAGGAGUUACGAUCGGGUCUACGUGCUGCUUACCAUGUGCCGCAGCGAAAUACAGAUGCACCGUUGCUCAUGUAUGUCGACCACUGUUUCGCCAUAAAGGGGCAGGGCACCGUUUGCACGGGCACCCUACUGCAGGGCCAAGUGGCCAUCAAUGACACAGUGGAGCUGCCGCUGUUGGGCGAGAAGCGUAAAGUGAAAUCUAUUCAAAGAUUCCGCCAGCCGGUGGAUAAAGCCAGUACUGGCGAUCGAAUUGGCCUCUGCGUCACCCAGUUCAAUGCCAAGCUCAUGGAGCGUGGCAUCAUAGCUCAGCCAGGCUAUCUGCGUCCCGUUUAUGCGGUUUGCGUGAAGGUUCAGCCCAUUCGGUACUACAAACAGGCAAUCCGCUCCAGAGGCAAGUUACACAUCAGCGUGGGCCACGACACGGUUAUGGCCAACCUGACGCUAUUCCGGGAUGAAAACGCUGUUGCCUGUCCAGAAUUCGACUGCAGCAGGGAAUAUGCGUACGUAGAGGAGCUGCUGCCGGCGGAGGCAACGUCUGACGAUGGCCUCUUUGCACUGCUGCAGUUCGAGACGCCAGUGCUGACCACCGUGGCCACUACGCUAAUUGCCUCUAAGCUGGAUAUGGAUGUGCACAGCAACAGCUGUCGACUGGCCUUUUGGGGUCGCAUCGCCUGGCAGACGCACUGUGUCAACUAUCAGAGCGAAGUUCUCCCUCAGCUGCGCGUAUUCAAAAGAAAGCAGAAGGAGGGCAGCGUACAGCGCGUUGUCAACUCGAAUGAAAUCAUUGUACAUAAUCUCUUUAAAAAGGAAGCCAACCGCGACAUGUAUGUGGGCAAGCGCGUGGAGUUGUCCACUGGAGAGGCAGGUUACAUCGAACGCACAUUUGGACAGACUUCGAAGGUGUGCAUUGUAUUCAGGGAUGGAAUCUCGAGUGCCACGCUGGAGCAACUUAAAUCGGAACAGGCCAAGGAAGUUCGCGUGCUGUUGAAUUGCAAGAAAUAUGUGUUUAAUAAACAGGCGGGCCUGUUUCAAUAAA